CUCGCCUCGCCAGCGCGGCUCAGGUUCCAUGGAGACAGCCGUGGCCACGCGCUGAAGGGGCCCCCUCUUAGUGGCGCUCGGUGGCACGGCGACAACAACAAGCAGGCAGCAGCAGCAGCAGGAGCAGCUGCCGUGAGAAACGCUCGUGCGUUGUUACGUUGCUAGAGUGUUUACCAUUGUGCAGCAUAACGGUACGUGUGGGGACGAGUUCUAACGAGGAAAGAAGUAAGCGCUGUUUUAAAAUAAAAUACAAUUAAUUUGGAAGGAUGAAUCCACAAACGUAACACUUUCAAAGUAGGGCACAUUGUUUUUAUACUAGUGAAUUCUGCACAACAUUGAACGAACAUUCGCGAAUUGGCAAUUAGUUAAUCGAGCGCGUUAGACAUUUCACGAGGUGAACAAUAACAAGGGGAAGAUAUGCGACACAGGAUUCUGCUAUCGACAUCACCACCACCACCACCAUCAGCGUCGUCGUCGGCAUCAGCGACAACAUCGCCAGCAUCGGCUUGACAAUGGACGCGGCGUCCACGACGGACAAGCUGAUGGAGGCGGCCAAGAGCGGAGACGUCGCCGCGCUGCAGAAUCUGCUGCUGCCCCCCCCGGGGGGGGCUGGACGGCAGCGUCAAGACGCCGUGGAAGGGCAGGAGGGGCCCGACGAGGAGGAAGACCGCGAUGCGUGGACCGACAGCCACCACGGGGCCACGCCGGCGCACUACGCGGCCCGCGCCGGGCGCCUGGGGGCCCUGCGCUACGUGGUGGAGGAGGGCGGCCUGCCCGGGCACGCCAGGGCCCUCAACGGGGCCACGCCGGCACACGACGCCGCGGUCACGGGCCACUUGGCUUGCCUGCAGUGGCUGCUCACGAACGGCGGGUGCCGGCCGGAGCACUUAACACAAACGUGCGUGCAGCAGCAGCAGCAGCAGUGCGAGCCGCCUCCACAGGCUCACCUGCUCAAGCGCUCAUUUGCACCAUUGACAAGGACUGCGUCGGGCGCCACCGUGCUGCACCUGGCCGCCCGUUUCGGACGGCGCUCCGUGGUGCAGUGGCUGCUGCUGCAGAGCAGCGCCGGCGGCGGCGGCAGCGACCCGCUGGGCGUCACGGCGAGCGGCGCGCUGGCCGUGCACUACGCAGCGGCGCGCGGCGACCUGCCCACGCUCCAGCUGCUGCUCGCGAAAGCCCCGCAGACACUGAACAGCCGCACGGGUGCGGGAGCGACGCCGCUCUACCUGGCAUGCCAGGAGGGCCACCUCGACUGUCUGCAGUACCUGGCGACGGAGUGUGGCGCCGAGACGAGCGCGCGGGCCAGCGACGGCAUGACGGCCAUGCACGCCGCCGCGCAGAUGGGACACGCUACGGUCAUCGUGUGGCUGGUGAGCUCCACGGCGCUGCGCCUAAGCGACACAGACGCCGACGGCGCCACGGCCAUGCACUUCGCGGCGAGCCGGGGCCACGGCACGGUGCUGAGCUGGCUGCUGCUGCACGGCGGGGAGCCCACGCGCGACGCCUGGGGCGGCACGCCGCUGCACGACGCCGCCGAGAACGGUCACCUGCAGUGCUGCCAGAUCCUGGUGGUGAACGGCGUGGAUCUGCGCGUGCGCGACAACGACGGCUGCUCGGCUGCCGACUUGGCAGAACACAAUGGGCACACACGCUGCGCCAAAUACCUGCGCACCGUCGAGAACAUGAGCCCAGAGAGCAGAAUCCUGGCGCGUGAAUAUUCGAUGGAAGGUCUGGCGACCACCGAUCACGACCACCCGUCUGCCAAGUCUGCUGCUGCCGCCGCUGCGGCGGCAGCAGCAGAUUCGUCGACCUUCGACCCCGACGCCGGCACCGUUACCAACCAAUCGGGAAGCAGGGUCGACGGGUCGGCGGUCCUGCGGGCGUACCUGGACCUCCUCGACCCCGACGAGAAGGUGGCGGUGUUGGCGAGCGACCGGCCGGACGGGGGCGAGGGGACGGCGCCUGCCGCGUCGCGAGGCGCCCGCGCAGAGCGCGUCAACCCUGUGGAGGUGCUGCAGAGGAGACGCAGCGAGCUGAGACCCGUGGUGACGCAGGAGUCGCUGGGCAGCGCCCCAGACAACGUAAGCGGGCGCCGAUCGCGGCCAUCCCCGUGUCACACGCUCCUCGACCCGAAAACAACGAGCGAAACGGCCGUCACCGAGAAUCCUACCCGCGCCGCCCGCCCGGUACGCACCAGUGCGGUAAUUAAAUUUUUUAGUAGCGAGGAAGGGGUUACGUUUCGCCUGUCCCGGAUGAACCGUGUUGCCGCGCACGCACAGACACGCGCACGCAGACACGCACGCAGACGUGUGCGCAUAAACGCGCGCACACGCGCGCGGCAUUUCUACCGCACAUCCAGCCAGGAGCGGAGAGAGAGACGGACGGUCUUCAGGUACGGAGCUCCUCGCACGCGCCCGUCCGCCGACCCCCAGGUGUCUGCGGAGGAGCUGUCGCAGGCUCGGCUCAGGAGGGUGGACUCGAGCCGCAAGACGCGCACCUUCGGGAAGCAGCCGAGCACCAGCGACUACUACAAGUCGUUCAGCACGGAGCGCGACGAGCCGCUCAACGCCAGCGGCAAUCACAUGGAGCCGGAGCCCACGCCGGUGCUCAACGGAGAGGACCACUCGGGCGAGGCGGAGACGCCCGAGUCGGAGAUGCCGGAGCCGCCGUCGUCACCGGUGCCGGACCCCCUCCCCGCCGAGGACGAGGAGGGCCCCCCGGCACCGCCGCCCCCGCCGCCCGCGCCGCCCGCGCCUCCGCCCCCGCCGCCGCUGCCCCUCCCCGGCGAGCUGCCGCGGUACAGCGACGGCGACCACUCGCGGCCGCCCUCCGCUGCCUCCAGCGUCAAGUCGUUCAACAUGCUCUCACCCAAUGGGGACAACUCGGACCUGCUGGCGGAGAUCAAGGCGGGCAGGAGCCUGAAGCCCACGCACCCCAGCAAGGGCUGCACCACGGUGUUCAUCGGCUCCGCUCACCUGAACCAGCGACCGACCAGCCCGGACUACCAGCCGCAGGGCGGCGCCGGCACGGACGGCACCAACGGCGACGGCGGCUUCUCUCACGGCGCCGCGGGCGGCGGCGGCGGCGGCAGCGGCAGCAGCGGCAGCAGCGGCGUCGGCGCGGGCGGCGCGGGCGACUCGCUGUCGCGCCUCGACUCGCUCGACGUGGACGCGCUGGUGCCGCUGCAGGACGAGCAGGGCCGGCCGAUCCCCGAGUGGAAGCGGCAGGUGAUGGUGCGCAAGCUGCAGACGCGCCUGCAGCAAGAGGAGGAGCAGCGGCGCCAGGUGCGGAAGCCGAACGCAUUCUUUUGCCGCCGGCCCGUCCGGCCCGUGCGGCGUGCCCGUGUCUUUGCGCGGUGCGCCGUCGCGUGGAGCGAUUCGGGCUUUGCGGUGUUCGCCGCGGAACGCGCCGUACGGAGGGCGGAGGGCGCCGUGGUCGGCGCACGUCCAGGGGUGGGGAGCGACGUGUCUCUUCCCCGCCGCAAGUUUGAGCAGUACGGCUUUUUCCAGCCAGAGAGCUGGACCUAUUCCUCCAACCGCAACGCCAUGCUGGGCCCUUUUGGCGAGCUGCUCACCGAGAAGGACAUUGCGAGUCUGGAGAAGCAGAUCGAGAGCCUGCAGCUCCUGAAGAACGUGCAGGAGGUGGAGACCAAGCUGGAGGUGCUGGAGCAGGAAAUCCACCAGAUGAUCCUGCCGCCCACCGUGGAGGUCGCGGACAGCCGCUUCGCGACGGGCGCCGACUCCGUGCGGGCGCUGCCCGGCUGGUGCAGCCGCGUGUCGGGCCUCCUACGCAGCAUGGCUUUCCUCGUCAGCAGCUUGGGCCACAAGGACAUCGCGGGCCCCGAAGUCGGGCCCGCCGGUGCCCCGCCUGUCGCGGAAGCGCGGAGAGGCCUGGAGAACGGAGGCGCGCGCAGCAACGGCGGCGGCGGCGGCUUCGGCGGCGCCAAACGGCAGCGCGGCCCGGAUGACUUCGGUGGCGCCGGCGAUGGCGGCGUCGGGCAAGAGAGCCCGCGCGAUGAGCCGUGCCCCGUCGCGUUGGAGGAAGCACGCGCGAGCGAGGAACGGAAGGCGAGCACGUCGGUGAUCCGGACGCAGUCGUUCGGCUCUACCAGGGAGGAGGUAGAGUGGGAGAUUCAGCAGUUCGGCGUCUCGGUCAAGAUGCUCAAGUCCAACUUCGAGCCCGGCGCCAUGAAGCCGGCGCCGGUCACGCGCAACGGCCAGGGUGGAGGCGGCGGCUGUGGAGGAGGAGAAGAAGGCAGACGUGCGGAAGCGCCACCCGGCGAGGCAGCUCAGCCGUCCGGGACGGAGGGACCGCCGCGGGCGCCGCUGCUGCCGGUGAAGAGCGUGGACGAUGACGUGUGCCGCCUGGAGCUGGGCGGGGAGCUGCCGUCACCGCCGCCGUCGUCCGAGGGCGGCGUCGCGACCGCCGCGACGGAGGCGACGGUGCGCGAGUCGGUGGAGACGCGAAAGGUGCGCACGGUGCUGCUCUUCCUGGGCCACUGGAAGAAGGCCGUGUACUCGAUGUCGUUCGGCGUGAAGGGCGACAGGCGGGGGGGGGGCUCCGGCGCGGCCUCCUCCUCCGGCACCGUCGUCGCAGCAGGCGACACGUUGGCGUACGCGGAGCUGGACGCCGCGGCCGCGGCGUCGUCGAGGACGGGCGAAGCGGAGCGCGAGCGCACAGAGGAUGAGCGCCUCCUCUACUUCAUGAGGCAGCGGCAGGUGGUGAACAAGCUCAUCGGGCACUGGCGCCUCAUCAUCGCCCGCGUGCCCUCGCGCCAGAUCCGCCACCUGAGCCGCGCGCCGGCCGCCUACUCCCCCGAGCAGUUCCUGCCGCACGUCAAUGGGCGGCCGCCCGCCUACGACUCGCUGACUCUGGACCUCUUCAUGCUCGGCUACUUCCAGCUGCUGGAGAUGCCGAUGCCGCGCGCGGAGCGCCGCGCCCGCCACCUCCUCUGCUUCGAGAUGUUCGACCGCCUCGCGAGCCACCCGUGGGAGACGAUCCGGGACUUCCACCGCGCCGUCGUCGCGGAGGUGUCGGGCGGGCGCCGCGACUGGCGCGACGGCUUCGAGGACGCCAAGCGGCGCUUUUUCGGCGACGCGGCUCGCCGGGCGUCGGCCGCGUCGAGCGGCGCCGGGUCCGGUCGCGACCGCGGCGACCCGGCAGCCGCCGGCGCCGACGCCGUGAACUGGGACUCGCGACGGGCGUCGGAAGUGAGCCUGCCGAGCUACUGCGGCAACACGCCCGCCGGCGACGGCGAGGAGCAGGGCGGCCGCUGCGGCGCGCGCCGGCGCUCCGACUCGGUGCAGGUGAUCUCGGAGCUGGGCGAGUUCAGCAACGAUGAGAUCUGCCGCUACAUCGACCGCAGCUUCUCCUUCUGGAAGGAGAAGGAGGCCGAGCUGUUCGACCUGUAGCACGCGCACGCCCCCCCGUGUCCCGUCACGUGCCGUCUACCUGUCGUGCCCCGCGUGUCGUGACGCGCAAGCGCGUUUGUGUCACGCCGCCGCAUGCAAACCGUAUUUAUUUUGGUGACUUGGCGAUGUUGAUGCUGAUUUGUGUUGUUUCUUUUUUACUACUACUACCUAGGAAAGCCUCUCUGGACCAAAGGUUCUUUAUUCUCAGGAGGGUCCUGCACUAGGAUGUUUGGCCAGCUCGAUUAAUGAGUAUUUUGUAUUGGGGGGGGUCAUAGAAAUACAUUCCAGCAGCAUCUUGUUGUCUUGUUGCACUGUCCUCUGUUGCCCAGACCGUAGCCCCGCAGCAGCCCCACAGCACCCGCCCAAGCAUGGCGCAGAUCAAGACUUGGCUCCCCAGAGGCUAGGAGAUCAGGCACAUUCGGGGUGAUGUAAUCAUUUUUUUGCGUUCUUCGUUUACCAUCUUAUUUGCUUCGUGGGGAGUUUAUUUGUUUAACAAUAAUGACACUAAAGCUCAGCGAGUCGAGUGAAGAGUUCUAUUCCCAUCAUUGGCUAACUUAUUUUUAUAUGUAAGCAUGUUUUAUUUCCUCUUGGGUAGGUGGGCAAAGGACACAGGGGGUGUGUGACACCCUGGGCCAGCACAAGCACCUCUAGUUUUAGUUUAUUAUUUAAUAAUUUCGAAUAAAAACUAAAAUCAAAUAAAUAGAAGAAGUCUGAGAGGAUGUCCACGAAGAGAUGGAGGGAUGAAAUCGCCUCUGCUUCAGGAGCUUGGCGGAUUAUUAAUUAUCAGAGCGGAGGGUUGCGAAAAGUGCCGGCAACUUGGUGGAAGCCUUCAUCUGGUCGUGGAGUGACCGUGACUCAUGGUGUCCGUUUGUUAACUUCUCCUACAACACGAAUACAUACAUAAAUGCUAAGAAGUGAAAUUGAUCUCAAGAAACAGCGGUCACGGUUGAAGCAAUGUCGAGCGUCACAGACGAGGCCUUUCUUAGGCCUCGCCAACCCUGGAAUCCACCUUCUGUUACCAUCGUUUAUUCCUUUACGAUAUUGCCAUGAUCCUGAUGAUGUUUAGUAAGAGACAUUUAAAAUGCCUCUUACUAUUUGAAAUGCCUCUCUUAAAAUGCCUCUGCCCUAUGAGUCUUUUAUUGCUGAGGCCUAUUGCAGGCUUCGUUGAGAUUUUUGACACUGAAGAGUGGCAUCGUAAAAAAAAUACAUAUAUUUUAGAAAUAUUUCUCCCACAAUUACACAAAUGACACUAUGUAACACAAUUUUUGCUCCUGGGUAGUAAGUGUUAUUUCAUAAUUGCUUAUGCCUAGAAAGUAUGGAAAAUCGCUAUUCCCCACAAACCAGGACAGUGAUAUUUAGAAAUGUACCUAUUUUCAAUGAGAAAACAGGUGACUUUGUGUCUUUUCGUUCACAUAAAGUCAGAAAAAAAAACAUAGGAAUCAAAAUUAACAUGUAUUUAUACUAAAGUAAUACAAAAUGACUACAAAAGAUUUAGAAGCGAGUAGUUUUUCGAGAUUUACGAUUAUACUGUAAAUCACUUUAACGAAUCAGCCCCCAAAUGUAGUCUCCCAUCAUGUUCUCGUUAUACUGUCCUUGGUAGCAGCGUUCAAAAUCCAGCAUAUCCUGGUGGAAGCGCUCAUCUUGCUCCUCCGAGUACACUCCCAUGUUCUCGAAUUUAUCAAGAUGGGCAUCAAGGAUAUGGACUUUGAGGGACAUCCUACAGCCCAUUGUGCCAUAGUUCUUCACCAGAGUCUCAACCAGCUCCACGUAGUUUUCGACCUUGUGAUUGCACAGGAAACCACGAACCACUGCGACAAAGCUGUUCCAAGGCACUUUCUCCUUACUAGUGAGCUUCUUGGGGAAUUAAUUGCACUCCAGGAUCUUCUUUAUCUGUAGUCUGACGAAGAUACCGGCUUUGACCUUUGCCCUCAGACAGCUUAGGGACAAAGUCUUGAAGAUGCUUGAAGACUGCCGACUCCUUAUCUACAGCUCUGACAAAUUGUUUCACAAGGCCCAAUUUGAUGUGCAAAGGUGGCAUCGGCACCUUCGGGGGUCCACCAGUGGCUCCCACUUGACAUUGAUCCUCCCCACAGAGAACUCGGUCCGCUGUGGCCUGUCCCGCCUGUGGUAGUGCGCCUUGGUGUCUAAAUCUUUCUUAGUCAUUUUUGUAUUACUUUAGUAUAAAUACAUGUUAAUUUAAUUCACACGUUUUUUUUAUUUUAUGUGAAUGAAAAGACACAAAUUCACCCGUUUUCUCAUUGAAAAUAGGUACCUUUCUAAAUUUCACUGUCCUGGUCACAAAAGCAAAGUUUGUGGGGAAUAAUAGCCAUUUUCUGUACUUUUGAGGCAGAAGCAAUUAUGAAAUAACACUUACUACCAAGGAACAAAAAAAAUGUGUUACUCAGUGUGAUCGUCCGGUCACAGUGGGUUUGUUACAUUGCUUGGUAAAGAAUAAUAUGCUGAUCAACAUACUCUUUGGGUCUUUCAGUAAAGUCACGUAGAUAGAAAAAUUAUAAAAUAAUAAAUAAAUAAUCUCGACGCUUCGAUCGCAACACAAGCAGGCGGACUGCUGAAGCAGGAAGAAAUAUCGCCGAUAUUUGCUUGUGUUGCGAUCGAUUUAUUAUUAUUUCAUUAUUUUUCGAUCUCCGUGACUUUACCGAAAGACCCAAAGAGUAUGAAUUCCUGCAGUCACGAAAGCUUCAAGUCAAGAUGCUGAUAAACAACGAGUUUAUUUUACGAUUGACGGCGGUAUAAAUAUUCUGUUUGUGGUGGGGUUUUUAUUCGGUAUUUAUUGAUUUGUAAAAUGUCCCUAUUAAACAUCGCUCAUAAGCAUUCAUUAAUACCAGCACCAGGGUUACCCUGCACAAGUCCGUACUGUGCACAUAAUGGGGCAAUUUAAUAUGGAACACUAAACUUAAAAAGAAAAGUUCUACCCAAAGUCCUUUGUAUAGAUACGACUAGAAUCAUGUCAUAGGUCUACAGAAAUUCAAACUUAAGGUCCUGCAGGAUUUGUUUUUUAUUCCACAAAAAUUGUACAUUUCACUCAUGUCCUGCCUAUGACAUCCGAACGAACUGCACAGGACAUGGCCGCACAUACAUUCAGCAGGAACUGCAUUUGGCAGCAACUUUGGCACCGUCUCUGCAGCCGCGAUGUUCGGAUGAAGAAUGGCCUGCAAUCCCCACUCCUCUCUCCUCGCCUUGUCCAUACACGUCCCGGUUUGCACUCUGGGAUUCGCUCAAUACAUAUUGAUUCGCGGCUUGAAGAUGGCAGCAGUUCGACAAUUGGUCCCAGUCAGUCGGCACCAGUCAAUCUGAUCUAUCUGUUGAAAUGUGUUUUCUUGCUCUUCAGCUCAGGGCACGCGUUUUCUCAUUCGUGAAACGUGGAUUCCGGAAGAAAACGUUUUUUGUGGAUUUUCUGGGUGCGUUGCUCACGUACGUGUGAUACUUUUGUUUCGGAGUCUGGAUGCAGAGUGAUGGACAAAAUUAAUAGUUUGGUGGAUGACGAUACUUUGAGGCAUGAAACAUGGUCGUUGGAACACCGAUGGAAACACAAGCAUCGUGUUUAUUGACACAAAAACACAAUUUAACCAUGAUUUGCGAGUUAUGUUUAAUACCCCAGUCUCUUAUAACUAAAGUGUAAUAUUAACAAUUACAGUACACACUUUAAAAUGUCAAGCGUAAUUAUAUUAACUUUUUUUUAAGUGUCGGUCACUUUUUUUUAAGAGUAAAAAAAAAUACCUAAAAUGUCGCAUUAUUUGUCACUGGGAACAUGCCCCAAAAGAAGACGUCUUCCCUUUCAAAUCCGGGGCCUCUAUGAUAGCGGGCGAGAGGCCCUCUGGCGCGGGACGUCGUUCACCAAGGGGGAGUCGAGUCCCGGGCCUCCAACGCGGCGGGUAAUCGCCGUGGACGGUGGCUGCUGCCCACCAGAGACCGACCGCCGCUGUCAGGGCUGUAUCUGUACACAACCACCACCACCACCCUCCCCCCCGCCAUGUAAACCGCCCCCCGACGUGACAAUAAAUUUCAUUGUGAAAAUCGGGGGUAUCCGUCACUUAUUUAUACAUUUUAUUAUCACCAUCAAUAAUUCACGUCCCUAUGACUUAUUGAUUCAUUUGCCCGGGCAAACGGGGCUGCUCUAGCCACGCAGGGCUCUAAUUAAUAUUUCAUCAGCCCCCCCCCCCCGGGUGUCGGGUGACUUCUGUCCCAGGAUGCUUGCCCCCUUUCGCUUCGCCGAGCCGCCCGCGCGAUCAAAUGGCUCCCUCGCUGUCGGAGUUGCUGGCGUCUCUUCCCCGUCGCGGUCGCGUCGCCCGACAUCACCCGGCGACGGACCGAGAGAGAACGCAAAACCUGAGCUUGCCUUUUUGUUUUACAUUUUGAUUUCUCGCGGACGCGCGAGUCUGGGCCGUCGCCGAAUAAUUGAAGAGCCGUGCCGUGGCGAGCGGAGGGGAUCGGGCGCCGCGUCGGAGGCCCUCUCGGCCGCCAGCUAACGACGGCCCCGUACC